AUGGAAAUGGAGAGGGUCGUAAGAAGCUCAGAGAGAUCAAAGGAAAAGAAGAGAUCAAUAAGUAGAAGAUUGGGGAAGUAUAUGAAAGAACAGAAGGGAAGGGUUUACAUCAUUAGAAGAUGCGUCGUCAUGCUCCUUUGUUGGCAUGAUUGA